AUGUCCAACCACCCACUGGCGCCCUCCGUCGACCCCUCGUUCGUCUACAAACUGAUUUCGCCCGCCUCAACCUUCAGCCCAUCCGACAAGGUCCUCCCCCUCUCGGCCCUCGACAAGGCCGACGGCUUCUACCACCUCUCGACAUCCGCCCAAGUCCCCGGCACCGCCAACCGGUUCUUCCCAAAGUCGAAAUUCAACGACCUUCUCAUCCUCAAGAUCAAGUUUGAGGCCAUCAAGCCUCAAGUGAAAUGGGAGGCUGCCAAGGGAGAACAUCCGACGGAUGUCAGUAGAAUCUUUCCACAUGUGUAUGGGGACCUGUUACAGGAGGAGGCGAUUGUGGGGACGAUUCUGUGUGAGUGGGAUGAGGAAGCGGAAGCGUGGGACUUUUCUUCUGGCUGGGAGGACCGUCUCCAGAAACCACCACCCAAGAUGUUGUCCAAGAUCCUCCCCGAUAUCGCAACCCAAUACGGCCUCCGUCAGUACCAGCUCACCAUCAUCGGCUUCGUCGUCAUCCACGGCUUCCUCCACACCGCCCUCUUCAUGGACGGAAUGGUCACCCAUCUCUUCUUCGCCCUCGAGAUCAUCUCCCUCAUCUACAUCUACUUCUUCCCUGCCGAAUACACCGCCCGCCCGCUCUCAAAACUCCGCAACCAACUCCCGAUUCAGUUGACCUUUGCCGCCCUCUGGGCCUCCUACCAUAUCUUCCUCCCCCUCCAGGGUAACGCAUCCUUGUUCUCACCCAAGGAGGUCCUUCUGGAGGAGGUUACAAAGACCCUUCGUCGGAACGCCGGUCAGGAGGCUGUUAUUGUUCAGGACAAGCAGGAAGGUCAGGAGCAAGGAGAUGCUAUUUUCUAUACCCCUUAUGCCAACCAUAUGGCUAUUUUCAUGGGCGGUCUUGGAGGAUUGAGCGUCUUGAUUGCAGCUUGGUUCAUCGUCGAGGCGUUCUUGGUUAUGCUCAAGUACUUUGCUUUCUCUCAAGUCGAGAAGGACAACAAGGCCAAGGCUGCCCCUGCUGCUGCUGCCAAGAAGGAGAACUAG